GCACCCUGGGUGCAGGAUCCCCACGGGACCUCAGAGCUUCGUUUCCACCCGUCUCCCAAGCAAGGUCCCCCUUGAGAAACAAAAAGCUUUUCCUGAUCCAGAAUGUCCCUCAAGCUGCCGCGGAACUGGGAUUUCAACCUCAAAAUGGAUGCUGCGAAAAUAGCCCGUUCCAGGAGCGUGAUGAGCGGGGAUGCAGCGGGCACCGGGCCUGGUGCCCCCAGCGCGCUGCAGCGGCCCCUGAAGGACGGCUGGCUCAAGAAGCAGCGCUCCAUCGUCAAGAACUGGCAGCAGCGGUACUUCGUGCUCAAGGGACAGCAGCUUUACUACUACAAGGAUGAGGAUGAUGUCAAGCCACAGGGCUGCCUGUCUCUCCAGGGAAGCACCAUCAAGGAGGUGGCCAGCAACCCAGAGGAAGGAGGGAAAUUCAUCUUUGAAAUCAUCCCAGGCUUCUCUGGAGAGCAGACCCGGGCCGGGCAGGACACCUGCGUGCUCAUGGCUAAUUCCCAGUCUGAGAUGGAAGAAUGGGUUAAAUCCAUCCGACGGGUGCUGGGCUCUACAUCAGGAGUGGUGUUCGGGCAGCGCUUGGCAGACACCAUGGCCUACGAGCAGAGGUUCGGGCAGCACCAGGUCCCCAUCCUGGUGCAGAAGUGUGCUGAGUUCAUCCGGGAGCACGGCGUGAGCGAGGAGGGCAUCUUCCGCCUCCCCGGCCAAGACAACCUGGUGAAGCAGCUCAGGGAUGCCUUUGAUGCUGGAGAAAGACCAUCAUUUGACCGGGAUACAGAUGUUCACACCGUGGCCUCUCUGCUCAAGCUCUACCUGCGGGAGCUGCCGGAGCCAGUGGUGCCCUGGAUGCAGUAUGAGGAUUUCCUGCUGUGCGGGCAGGCGCUGGAUGCGGAUGAGAGGAAGGGCCAUCAGGAACUCCUGAAGCAACUGUCCCUCCUUCCCAGAGACAACUACAACCUCCUCAGCUAUAUCUGCAGGUUUCUACACGAAAUCCAGUUGAAUUCUAGUGUCAACAAGAUGAGUGUGGAUAACCUGGCAACAGUGAUUGGAGUGAACCUCAUCAGACCUAAGAGAGAGGAUCCUGCCAUUAUUAUGAGAGGCACACCACAGAUCCAGAAGGUGAUGACUGUGCUGAUCAGUGACCACGCAAACCUCUUUCCUCCAUCCAAGGACGUGCCACCCUCUCCACCUGCCCAAAACAACGACAAGAAGGCACCCAUCCUGCGCAGCUCCGUGGGCUGGGAUGCUGCUGAGGACCCCGCGGUGGCCAGGGCGGACACACUGAUCCGAAGGCAAAUGAGAGAUGACCUGAAUUCCAGCACUGCCCGCAGACCAGCUGCGAGCUCAAGUGCACCCAGAGAAGAUAAAGGGUCCAAAGAUACACCGGGAACGUGGAAAACACAGUCAAGGAAAAGAACUCAGACUUUACCUAACAGGAAACCUCCCCUGGCAGCUGCUUCCGUGGGGGAGAAAGGCAGCAAUGACAGGAAUGACUCAUUUGAGUGCUGGAAAAGCUCCCCUGGGAGCAGCGUGCGCUCCGUGGUCCCUGAGGGACACAAGAGAACAUUGUCUCAUGAUCUUUUUAAGCUGCUCGACCUUCACCGGGCUUCGACCUACGAUAACGUUCCCACCUCCCAAGCAGAGAGUGGGGAAGGCAGCGGCUCCGAGAAGGAAUUCCUCCCCUGCCCCAGUCCCAGCCAUGAGCCAAAGGAAAGAGCCAGCGCCAGCAGCAGCCCUGCCGAGGUGUCCAAGCCUGAUGAGGAGAGCAGGGAGUUCCUGCAGAACAUGGUCCUGAAGCUGGAAAAAGAGAUGGAGGUACAGAAAAAAGACUACGAGGAGCAGAUUAAAAGUCUUGAGAAGGAAAACUAUGAAGUCUGGACCAAACUGCUGAGGCUGAAUCAGGACAUUGAGAAGGAGAAGAAGAAGUCUGAGGAACUGGAGCUGAAGUUGAUGAACGUGGAGCGCUCAUGGGGGGAGACAGAGAGGAAAAACAAGAUGCUUGAGGAGGAGAUAAAAAACUUAGCCAAAUCCACAAGCAAAACUGAUGCCAAAACCAACUAGGAGAAGACAGCCAGCUAUGCACAGCUGCAUGAGUGCACAGGAAUUGCCAAGCAGGUUCAGAGCCAGGGGCUUGUAUUGGCCCAUGUUCUGCUACUGACCAUGGGCUGGUUUGGAGGAAGGAGCCCAGAAGUUACAGGGUGGUUUAUGCUCUGAAACAGGAACUUUCAAACAUAUUCUUUAGCUUUUUUGGCUGUGUUUUUUUCAACUCCUCUUUCAGCUGCUCAAGUAACCUGUAGAACAGGCCGAUACUUCUUGCUGCUCAAUCAUCAGAGUAUCUUGCACUCAGGAGUUCAGGUUAAGCACACAUUAUGCCUUUACAGAAACAACCCAGCAAGCAUCCCUGCUGCCAGCCAGGUGGCUCCUUGCUGGAGAUACCUCCCGUGCUUCUGAGUGGGACAAAAAGGCCAUAAAUCCCAGAUCCAGAGAGCUGGAAAAGCCCUGAGGUCUGGGGUGGCUCAUCCUGUCAUGGUAUGCCUGAAUGGUGGCUGUGAAUGCUGCCAGCACCGCUGUUGGGAUGUUCACAUCCACACAUACAGUUGGUUAUUGCUCUUAUAGAGCAAGAGAAGCCCAGAUAGCCUGUGGGGUCUCCUACAGCAUCACCUGCUUUGCUGUGCCGGGCUCAUAAAUAUCAAAGUAUAAAAAUCAGUGUCACAAACUGCUCUUUAGUUAAGUGGCUGUUCGGGUAUUUUGAAACCACUGUUCCUUACAACCAUGUGUAUAUAAAUCCAGCAGAGCUGCUGCUGAGGCUUUGGAGAGCACUUCACACUCCCAGACACACAGAGAGUCCAUCAGCAGCUUUACCUGGUACAGAAAAAGGGGCUUCUGCCUUUUCCCCGAUGGACAUAUUUCAAAGAACAACAGAUCUGGACUUAUUUACUGCCUCUGCUUUUGUUUUCCAUCAUUGCAUCAGCACACAACAGGAUUUUCUCAGCCACUGUGGUGGAAACCUGGGUUUGACCCUGAUGAUGAUGCUGGGUCUCUCCCGGUCACUUGCUGCCAUCAGCAUAAAAACUAACUGGACCCGAAGGUCUCAUGGUGCCACUGUGGCUCUUUGUCAGCUUGCUGCUUGUUUUCCCACUGCCUGCCAGCAAGUUGCCCUUCCACACACAGUGCCAUGAUGCUGCUGAAGCUUUCGGUGGUGGAAAGAAAAUAACAGGACUGUGAAAGAAAACCUUUCCUUCCUCAUUUAUGUUACACACAGCCCCAGCCUAAAGCCUUCCUGGGAACAGAAAUGGGAAAACCACAACAGUGCUGAGUUCCCAAGCAAGAUGCCUCUAUGCCAAGCAGGGUGAGGUUAAUGCAACAACCCUGCAUUACUGCUACUGAGGACUUGGUGAUACAGAAGUUCAGCUCCAACCAGGCUGCAGACCUGCUUGGCAGAGCCUGCAGGGGAAACCACACUGGGGAGAGAAAGGGACGCAGGAGAAGCUUAUGUGAAAAAAGGGGAGACGGGAGCAGGAAUGUGUUUUUAGAGAAUAAAAGUCAAUAUUGGGUAUAUAGCCAAUAUAUAUUAUAUAGCCAAUAUUUAAUCAGAUUAAAUCUGAUUAAAAUGUUUCAAAUCUGGUCAUCUGAAAUCUCAGUGAGGAGCAGAGCAUUCCUUUGUGUUGGAGCAGAGGGCCUGGACCCGCUGGUGCAGAGCUCCACAGCCUUGCAGAGGGAUGGGCAGCUCAGAGAAGAGCCUUAAAGAGCACAGCGUGGCCUCCACCAGCCUCAGCCACCUUCAAAGAUGAGUGACCCAAACCUCCCCUUCAUGUCUCACACACUAUGACACAUUUCUUGUCUCCUGAAGCUUCUUUCAAGCCCCACAAACACCAUUAGUGCUGCAAGUCAAAGAUCCCACCAUGUACCUAUGGGACUCGCAUCUUCCAGUCACCCAAAUCAAGAGGUUUCCAAAGCACCUGCGAGAUGCAUUUUCCCUUCCAUCAUUUCAGAGCAACUGUUCUCAUUCUCAAUUCUUUCCUGUGAUUUCAGGUGCCCUUGUCAGAGCUGUUCCAGGGUUUGUUUUUUACCUUGACAAGGAGCUCAUUCCUAAUGUGGGCAUGAGCCUCGGGAGUCACUUAGGGAGAAACUCCUCCAUUGGGUAUAGGAGAAGCAUUGUGAACAUCUGGGCUGGAAAUGCCACACACUCCUUCCCAAAAAGAUCAGAAGUGUGAAGAGGCAAAUAAUCCCUUCACAGCCCUCAGCAGGGUGUAGUGAUGUGGAGAGCCUUGGCUGGGGCUCACAAGUCACGAUUAGGACAAGUGCACAUGAUUUUAGUAUAAACUGUGCAUUCCUCCCUUUCCGCUGCAGAUAGGCACAAUCAAAGCAUGACUGCUUCUGAAGAUCACAGUGACUUUUGGAAGAUGUUCUGCCCAUUAAAAUCUGGAGUGUUUAUAGUGGUCAUACCUAAAAGAUAGGCUUCCCAAUAUAGGUUAGGAGGGCUGGGACUUCCUUAAUGCGUGGUGGGGAGUGAACAGCCACAGAGAGCGACAUGGGCACUGUGUCAGUUGGUAUUGCUGUUGGGUAAGAUAAAGAGGGGCUUCCUGGUUUUUAACAGUGAGCUUUCUCCAGAGGCAGAAAAGCAUGGAUCUGCCAUGCCAGGCCUGUGGAAACUUUGCAUCUGAAGCCCAGAACCACACCUGGACACUGGCAAUGCCCAAAUCCUACUGGAUUUAAUGCUCUGUUGGAGACAUCAGAACAUGAGAUGCCCAAAAACUGAUGCAUGACCUACAUCCCUCUGUGAAGCUUUGUGGGGAAGGAGUAGCAGAGGAAGUCUCCCCUGUUCCUGAAGCAGGGGCUGCUGUUCCUCAGUGCUGCAGAGGGCAUUAUAAAGUCAAGGAGAGUUGUUUGGUGGCUGCUCUUUAGCUCAGCUGGCUUUAAACAUUGAUUAUGGAGAUCCUAGAGAGUGUGAAACUACUAUCUUCUAACACUCCAGCAGAUUGUCUAUUAUAGAGAAUAAAGAAUAAAGCCUGUA